AUGGCUUCGCCGCGCCCCGACGUGCGCCAAGCGCUGCGGGCGUCUUUGGGCUGGGAAUUUUCCUUCGCGUCCUCUGACCCAACGAGUGCUCGCUGCUUAGUGUCUCACCCGAAAGACGUUGGGAGAUUGGCCGAGUGGCUCGUGCGCGAGCUGCCCCCGCUGCAGCGGUCCUCGGAUCAAACCAGAGACUUGGAGACGCUAUUGGCGAGGGAAUUAGGCUUCGGGCAGUCUAAGCAGCUUAUCACGCGCGGGCUUUUCGAGAACCAAGCGACGCCUCAGAACGCCCACUUACCCAUGCUCAGAGGCGUGUACACCGAACAUGGGUCCACAACUUCAGUGUCCAACAGCACAUUCGCCGUGUUCGAGUACGACUCCCAGUCUCUGCAAGAUGUGCUCAAGUACCAUCGCUCUGUGCUGGAAGACGCGCUGGGGGACCUCAAGAAGCGCCUCGUACUCUUCCAAUUGUGUCGCGUGCUGGAGUUCCUGCAUGGGCGUGGCUUGGCCUGCGACGGCUUCUCGCCACGUGAUUUAUACCUCACCGACACCCUGUGGCUACAUCUAGCUGCCUUACCUCGUCGCUGGUGUACCGGAGACAUCAGUAACUUUGAGUAUCUCAUGGUGCUCAACACUGCAGCUGGACGACGCAUGGAGGACGGUGUGUUCCAUCCGUUUGUGCCCUGGGUCACAGACUUUAAAGGUGGCUGGAGAGAUCUGAGCAAGAGCAAGUUUCGACUCAACAAAGGGGACGCACAACUCGAUCGGACGUUCGCCAGUAGCGCGGUACCUCACCAUAUCACAGAGAGUUUAUCGGAGAUCACGUACUACAUCUACUCAGCUAGACGAACACCGAUGACGCUGCUACGUCGCGUGGUGCGUGGAGACUUUCAAGCUCGAGAGUAUCCAGCUACUAUGACGCGUAUGUACGAGUGGACACCGGAUGAGUGCAUCCCCGAGUUUUAUACAGACCCAGCAGUGUUCAAAUCGCUGCAUACAGACGACAUGGAAGACCUGCAGUUCCCCCAAUGGGGAGAGAGGGACGAUUUAGAUGCUGCAGUGGCUUUUGUACGCUGUCAUCGGGACAUGCUGGAGAGUGACGAGGUGUCGACGCAGCUUCACAAGUGGAUUGACUUGAAUUUUGGCGCUGCGUUGAGUGGAGAAGCUGCUAUCCGCGAGAAGAACGUCCCUCUUGUGGUCCACGCAGCGGGGAAGAGUCCUGGCUUCGUCCAGCUCUUCGACGUGCAGCAUCCGAGACGAGUGUAUCGUGUGAAGCAGCAGGAAGAGCAGAGCGAAUUGACUGAACCAGAUACGCCACGCUCGGUGCGACCUCAAGGCACUACGAAGGAGGUGAAUGCCAUGCUGUCCAGGGCGAUGCAAGUGGUGACAGACGCACAGAAAGACGGACUCUCCUUAUCGCCUUUGACGUUGAAUGGAGGAGGAAUGAACGUACUAGGACCUAGAGCAGGCGCGCAAGAAGUCGAAGUGUCGCGUUUCGGCCUUCUACAUAGUCAGAGUACGCGUAGCCAAGUUAUCAUGCGCAACUUAAAGCAACGUCGACGUGGUAACAAGCCGCGUGCUCGGUCCCAAGCAAAUGUGGCGGGAGCUGAUCCUCUGGUGUCUCCGCCGGCGUUUCGGUCCGGUGGUGGACGUGAAGCUGCGUCACCCCCAGCGCCACCAGGGACGGGAACUUCCAGCUUGGGAGCGUCAAGACUGGGGAAUCUCUUCCAUUCCGACUCAUCGAACCAGAACAACAGCAACAACAACAGUCUAGUCGCAGCUAACGGCUUAGAAACGUCGGCUAGUCCUCCGAACUCGAUGGACCCGUACAACAGUCGAAGCUUUACAGGAAGCAGCGGACCUAACGACCAUCUGCGUGUUCUCACGAUUACGACGCCGCAAGGUGUGAGUGGGAACGUCAAUGGCCUUGGCGGGUCAGCGGGGGAACGCAGAGAAGGAGGCUCCACUGCGCAUCACACUCGACACGCAUCUCUGGGCAGUGGGAGUCCGAAUACGGGCUCGCAUUUGCUACGUGAUCUAUGGCAGCAGCUACGUCAACCGGAGGAGGACGCGACAGGGAACCACGUUGGCGGACAUGGACAUCGACGCAGUGCGAGUGCUGGUCACGACUUUAUGUUGGCUCUGGGGGGCUCCGGAGAUAUGCAGAUCUCGGAUCUAGACGCGGUUACGGAUCCUGCGCCGGGUGUUGAUGUCUGUGGGUCACUGGAUGAUGUGGAUUUGAAGCUGCUGCAGCUUGGCUUAAGGAUUAUCCUCCCCGGUGCUGAUAAGGAGGAGAAAGUGGAGUCUGAAGCUCAGGAGACGUCAAGACUGGGGGAGGAAUCGUUUGCUGAUGAGGUAAUGGACCCGAUCUACCGCAUUCCUGAUGAGCUCUUGGCGUCCACUGGACAUUUGACUCCGUUCGAACGAGCACAGGCUGCUGACAUCUUCUCGGUGGGUUGUAUCGCGGCUGAACUGUACACGCACACGCCCGCUACUGAAGAUGACGGCUGGAUAGCGAGUAUUUUAGCAGCACAGUGCCGUCCUCCGUGUGGUCAACUGCCCUGGAACCACGCGGUGGCUGAACGUCUAGCAGAUCUACCGCUCAACUUGAAGAAAGCAGUGUUGGAUAUGCUGCAUCCAGACCCACGUGAGCGUCUGCGUCUGGUCUGUCAUAUCGAAGGUCUGGAGCCUCUUACAGUGCUGCGCAGUGCCGUUUUAACGCCUCGAGAUUGCGUGCUUUCGACCGAACCAACGGACUCGUUCCACGCUGCGCCGUCUGCGUUAUUCCCCAAGGAUUUAUUAGUCGUGUACAAGUUCUUAACGAAGCUUCACGGCAGUCCGGAGCAGGAUUGGCACGCGAGAUUCACGCCGGCCAGACAGCUGCUGUCGUCACUGUCCGGUCUGUCCGAGAUGCUGUUCAGAGUGGCGAUGCCCGAGCUCGUACGCUUCUUCCGAGCCAGCUCCCACACUGAGACGAUUCGAGCCGAACGCGUGACGGCUGCGGUGGUUUUCCUGCUCCCAGAGAUGGCGCGGCAGCUUGGUCGUGAGCGCGCGCGUGCUGAGUUGCUCCCUGACGUCGUGCGAGUGUACGAAUGCAGCGACCUCGGACGAUCUCCGCUCCUUCGUUGCUGUCUUGGAGCGCCCAGUGUGUUGCUGUCUAUGAUUCGAGCGUUUGGCGCUGCAGCAGUACUUGACAGUAUUGUACCGGUAAUACUGGAGUGGCUAGUGCCUCCUGUUGCUGCGGACUCAGAUCUGGAGCUGCGAUCGUCGUUGACGCCACUGUCCGUUCGCUCUCCGCCGUUGCCGCCGUUUGCGUUGGAGUCGGCGGCGCUCGUUGCUGUGACUUUCGGUGAACUGGCGUCUCCAGCGAUGCUGGGUCCGUCGUUGACAGCGAAAUAUCUCCUGCCCGCGUUGUUGAACCAGCUUGGACGUGUCAAAAGCCGAUGGUCGCAUCUCGCGGAGUCCAAGACCUUGCGACGUACAGACAAGAAAACCAACUUGGCGCCUGUUGUCCUUGAAGGAGACGUGGGCGCGUCGGAGUUCCACUUGACGUUCCUGUCCAAGACCAAGUUGUACGAAUCCCAUCACGUGGCAGACGCUGUGCUUCAAGUAUGUCGAGAACUGGGUGAGUAUCCAGUCGCCACAAUGCUGUUGCCACGGCUGUUUGAAGUGCUGCCAAAGCUUGUAACUCUGUCCGAGAAGAUCGGCGCUGUACGCAUCGAAGGCGUCCCGGAGGAACUCGGACGUGAGAUCUACGUGCUGUUACGUAUUCUACGCCACGUGGUCCGUACGCUAAACGACUCGGCGUCUCUGCAAGAUUUAUUGUCUCGACGUGCGCGUAGUAGCCUCAUGGACUUGCUGGCUCAAGCUUCUCCUCCGUUUCUGCAUCCUCGCGUCGCUACAGCGAAGAAAGUUCUGCGCAGUCUGAACUUUAUGAAGGACGCAGAUCAUCGCAAUCUGCGCGCGUUUACAGUCGUGGGACUGUCACGCACGAUCGUGGCGGUGUGUCAGAAGCUCGGUGCCGAAGCUACCGUGACCGACUCUACCGUGGUGAACGGUAUCAACCGGUUUCUCAAACGGUGCAGCGACGUCUACGCAGAGCUGGAGGUGUCAAAUUUCCAGUGGGAUCUCGCCAGCGAGUUGGUCAGCGAGUUGUGUGUCCCGCUGCGUACGCUUCUGGGUAAAGAGCUGUUCAACCGGAACUUUCCUAUUGUCGCGAAUAGCUCAGUACUCCAGCUGUUGCUACUACCACUUAGCAGCACUGCUGGCAUGGAUACCAGUGCGUUUAAAGGCUUCAGCAGUCGCGUGGCUAGCAGCGAUCAAAGAAACUUAAGUGCGUUGGACGAUCGACUAGCGCAGUCUCAAGUUCACGUCCGUCGUCGAAGUCCAUUGACAGAAGAAGCAGACGACGAAGAAGACGAGAGUGACAGUAACUCGGUUACGUUAGAGCAUGAAGACCCGCUGACGUAUCCGCCAGAGUUGUUACGCUUCGCUUAUCACGCUGUUCGCCUGCAUUCCGUACGUGCCACCAGCUUCCUGCGCGUACCUUCGACGCUUCUUGUUGGGUCGGGAAAGAAGGCGGCACAGUGGGAAACUGCGCUUAGUAAGGAGUUAUUGUUGCUGCAGGAAGCUCGUCGACAACGUAAGGUUAUCAGUGCAGCGUUGGCUCCAGAACGUGCCGGCGCUGACGCGAUUUGGCUGCGCUCUCGCGUCCGGCAGCCGUUCGAAUCUCGACGGGAAGAAGGAUAUCUAGGAUACGAAGGCGGCGGCGGAAUACUGGGCAGUUCAUGGGCUCUUAGCGCCGAGAUCCGACAAUCUAUCAAAGCUCACUCGAACUCGGUGCGGUGCGUAAGUGUGGACGCUGACGAAGAGCUGCUCUUGACUGGAAGUCGACAUGGAUCGUGUCGUGUGUGGAGACUAUCGGGUCAUCCCGUCCAAGCUCGAGCAGCUGCACCGACAGGAUUUACAGACAACCGCCCGAUCUUUGCAGUCGCUCGUACUGGUCGUGCUGGGUCUAAAGGACGGAGCGGAGCAGGCGAGACAGACGGCAUGGCAGCUGCAGCCUCGGCUUCGGGCGUCAUGCUCUGGGAUCUACGAACCAGUCAGAUGCGGAUGCGCUUACCGUUUUCAGUGAGUACUGAGCCUGCUGUGUCGAUGACUACAGCUACCGAUACAGUGGACGUGGCAGUGGCGACGCCAAGGCGUGUGGUGUGUGUGGAUGCACGUACCGGUCCGCGCGUCGUGGCCGAGUGGCAUGCAGACGCUGCUGGCGUUGGGUCCAGCUCGGUAUCUCAAGGUUUGAGCUUGACUACUGUGGCUUCGUUCGUGGAUGGGACGGCGUAUCUUGCGUUAGGGACGGCAAAUGGUCGAGUGGUGUUACUGGACUCAAGAACAGGUCGACAAGCUGCGCGAUGGCAGGCGUUGGAGGCGGGAGCGCGUGUGGUCCACUUGGUGCAGAUCUCGACGUCUCAAUUGCUGGUGGUUGGAGCAGAUAAAGAAGCGCGGGUGUGGCGUGUGAUGCUGCGAAAUCACGGACAUCCACAGCUCCGUAUGACGAUUACAGGCGUGCCCGAUGGCGUCUGUGCCUCCCAGAUCUCGGUCCAUUCAGCUGUGGAUACGACAGUGCUGUAUGUGGCGAGUAGCUCUCGUGUAUACUGUAUACAGUUGCCGUCGGAGCCUCGAGCGGUAGUGUUUAUCCAAGCACCCGUUACAGUGCGAAUGGAGUCGUGGCAGCUUACAGAACCGGGAGGUGCCAGUAAGAGCAGCAAGAGCCGCAUUGUGACUCACAGUGUGGCGGUGCUGCCAUUGCGUCAACUGCUACUGCUUGGCACGGAGGAUGGCUGCUUGAAGUGCGUAGUCUAGAUCAGAUAAAGAGUGUACGUAAAGG